GCGCCUGUGGGGCGGUACCGGCCGUGCCCGGAAAGCGGAGCCGUUACCGCAGCGGCCGCGGCCGCGUAUCGCGCCUUUGUAAUCAGCGCGUCCUUACUGAGGGCACGGAGAUACCUCACCGUGUGGGCGGGCAUUGCCGCCAUCACGCAAAAUACUUUGGAAUGCAAUGCCGUCAACGUUACCUACACGCAAAGCAUACCCAAAGAAGGCUAUAGGAAGGCGGAUCCGUCUUCAGCAUCGCCUACAGUAAAUGCAUAGCCGGGGCAACAGAUUUACACCAUACUGGAGUGGUUACGCACACAGAUUUCCUCCCCCCAUUCUCCCCAGUCCCUGAGUGCCGGCACCCGCAGCUCCAGACCCCGCCUGGCUCUGUCAGUGUGCCCACACAGCGGCCGCCAUGCCACAGAGGUGGAUAAACACACUUAUGGCAGCCACAAGAACUGCACUGAAGCUGAGGCACGAGGUCUGGAUUCGGUCUGUUGGAUCGACGUGCUGAGUGCAUUGGCUGACAUUUAAAGCCCUGAGACAUUGCCUGGCACUGAAGCUGGCAGCCAGGCCUUCUGUGAGACCACAGCAGCAUACCUGUGGUUAAACUGGCAAGGGAAAGCAUCCUGCUCUGUGGGGCAGGGCCUGCUGGGAGCAGGUGGCACUCAUUCACCACUCAGACAACCUCUGGGUGCAGCAGCAAUGCUGUACCUGCCCUUCUUGCUGCUGGUCACUGCCUGCGAGGCGAGCUGCUUGAAAACUGAGCCUGAUGUGAGGAGCUCCAUCAUUCCCGUGCUUGAGAAAGUGACUGUCUUCAUGGAGAACCGGUACCAGGACAUCAAUCUAGAUGCAGUGCUGGGAUUCCGUGUUUUGCAAGGCUAUUUGAAAGGAGCCCUAGAAAAAUGGCCUUUGGAACACGAAUUACUUGCUCAGCGCGCACAAGUUGAAAGCAUGAUAAAGAAGUUGUCUUCUCUCCUUGAAAAAGCAACACAUUCCCUAGUGCAGAAUGACCCCGAAUAUUUCAAAGAAUUUGCACCAAUUUUAGGACCACAUUUUUGGAUCUUUCCCCAUUCAUGGAACCAGACCGAUCCCCUGAUGGCCUAUUCCUCAUUUGGUAGUACCAACUGUUUCACAGAAAAAAUGCGUGAUGCAUGCUUUACGUACUUGCUAGGAACGUGGAAAGAGAACGGCAAGUCCUGCAUUGUCACAAGUGCCUGUAGGAACACAAUGACAAAACCAGCUUGCUCGAAUUACUGCUUGUCCCAUCAGCUCCUCUACUUCAUAUUUGCUGAUGUGAAAGGAUGCUCUGAUCAUCUGUUCCUAAAGACCCAGGAUUACAAGAAUAUGUUCUGUGCUAGCAUGAUGAAAAUAAACUUGGAGAUUGAACACAAUGGAUUCAACAUUUCUUCUCGAGACCUUUUCAUGGAAAACAUUAUGCUCUGUGGCAUGUCUGGUUUCUCUGACUUCUACAAACUCAGAUGGCUGGAGAAGAUUCUCACUUGGCAGAUGCCUAAGGAAGGAUGCUUUGGAGAACCCAGUAAAGAAUUGGAACACUCUUCUGCAGUAGAAGACCAAAAGCAGCUGCUCAGGAGAGUUAAGAGAAGGGAAAAGAUGUUUGCAGACGGCUGCUCCUCACAUCACACAGCUGUAGCAGCAGGAUCGCUCGGAGGGUUCCUCUACUACCACUGCAGCUGACAGCAGAGCAUUGCAACCGCCCAAGGGAACGCUGCCCGCUCCUCGAGCAUUUGCCUGCCGC